GAUUCAUACAUAUCUUGCACCUCCCUUUCUUCCUCCACCUUCUUCAUUUUUUCUCAUCUUUGAUUCCCAUAGUUUUAUCAACUUUUUUCGCUGUAAGUUUUUUGUUUUCUGCAAAAUGUCGAAUUAUCACGACCCUGAUGACGAUUGUGGAAAUUCCGAGCUCAGUAACUGCACUGCCGUCGAGCAAAAGGACCGGAAAAUGGAUAAUAACGAAAUUUACAAUGGAAAACAAGUUGUAUUAUCAUCUUUAAAAGAGGAGCCAUUUGAUACUCAUCAAUUAGCUCCGGCAAUGCCUAUCACGGUGUCUGCCACCGCACCACGGCGGCCAUCCACUAAGGACCGCCACACAAAGGUGGAAGGCCGUGGUCGGAGGAUCCGGAUACCCGCUACAUGUGCGGCUCGGAUCUUUCAGUUGACCCGAGAACUAGGUCAUAAGUCUGAUGGAGAAACUGUUAGGUGGUUACUUGAACAUGCUGAAGAAGCCAUUAUUGAAGCUACUGGAACUGGAACUGUCCCUGCCAUAGCCGUGUCGGUUAACGGCGCGCUGAAAAUUCCUACGACUGCACCAGUGAAAAAUGACAAUGAAGAGAUUGACGAGAAUGACACGCACAAACGGAGAAGGAAAUCAACGAACUCGGAGUUCGUUAAUGCAGCAAAUGUUUCACAAUUUGCUCCGGCGACAACAGCAGAUACUGCCAUCAAUGGUCCUCCACACGGGCACGGACUAGUGCCCGUGUGGGCCAUGAGCAAUGGGGGUAUAAUGGUACCAUCCAAUGCCAUUUGGAUGGUACCAGCUAUUAGUCAUACCAACAAUAAUAACAGUAAUAAUAACAGCAUCUUGCAGUAUCCUCAAUUAUGGGCUAUCACUCCUUCAGUGACACCUGUUUUUAAUUUGGCUACGAGGCCAAUAUUGCCAUUCGUGGCUGUAUCAGCCACGAAUAUUAAUGGUUCGCCACCAGUAAUGAUGGCAGGACCGUUAACAACUACGGGGCCUAAAGUUGGGUCGAACAAGUCUAGCAUGGCCCCAGCUAGUUUAAGCUCUAGUAGUAGUAUAGAUAGAAAUAACAACAAUAAUAAUGAUGUUAAACCUCAUAUGCUAAGGGAUUUUUCACUUGAGAUUUAUGAUAGAAAAGAGUUGCAGUUUAAGAAUCGAAGUGAAAGUCAUCAACAAGAAGCUCAAGUUACAUCUUCAAAGCCAUGAAGAUAGAAAAGACGGGUUGAGUGGGCGAUCAAUAAGGCCUAGGCCUAUGACUUAAAGUGGUGACGUUCAUUGCACUUGGAAAGGGUGUCGACAUGACCGGUGACUUUCACUGCACUUGGAAGGUGUCGAUUCAAGUGGUCGAUCCUAUGUACAAAUUAGGGGACAUUAUAUUAGCAAUUCAGUUUUUUGUUUCUUGUAUUUUCGUUAGACUAAUGUUAGAAGUGGAAUGAUAUGCAACUCUUGUUUAGAAAAUUUCGAAUAAAGCAUAGUACAACUGUUAAUGAAAACAUUAUCCUUCAGCUUUGUCAUAA